GUUUGUUUUGAUAAUAAAACCUGGCAAAAUGAAAGAUACUGCAAAAAUACGCUUGAAGAAAAAAAAGUUGCUCCUAGUUUCGUUAAUUGGAGUUUUACUCGUGCUCCUAUUUCUAAAUUACACGAUCGGGCUUGGAGACUAUCGGAAGACGGAAGCGCCUUGCCUGUUUUGUGAUAUUGCUAACAAGAGCUUGUUACCAAAAUUGGAAUAUGAAACCGAUGAAUACGUGAUCUUUAAGGACAAGUAUCCAGCUUCUACGCAUCAUUAUUUGGCAGUACCAAAGCUCCAUUUUGAGAGUAUUAAGGUGCUCAACAGAUCUCACGUUGGUUUGGUUCAACGUAUGCAUAAUGGUAUGGUGGAGUUUCUUAUUGCAAAAGGUAUUGAUACAUCCAAGGCAGUGAUCGGCUAUCACAUCCCUCCUUUUAUAUCGCAAAAACAUUUGCAUCUGCAUGGAAUCUCACCUCCUUCAGAGAUGAGUUUUUGGAAUCGCAUUAGCUUUAUGUCACCAUCAUUUUGGUUCAAGUCGUCUCAAAAUACACUGGAUUCCUUAAAGCGCUUGGAUCUCUAAAGAAAAAGUAUUCUGUAACAUUAUUGCUUGAAUUUUGUUCUAUAGCUAUAGUUCCUUAGGAUCUCAGCUGACCCUUAUUAUUCCAUCCACUAUUUGUAGCAUUGUAAAAUU